CGAUGGUGCAUGUUAAAAGAGGGGUUGUCGCCGGGCGGAAAAGACAAUCCACCGCCAGCACUUCAGGUAACGACAACCUUGACCGGCUGCUCCCCUGGGGUCAACGUCUUAAGACACCAAGACGAUCCAACCAUGGCGCAUCAUGAAGGCUACGAUGCACCAGAAUUGCGAGUGUUUGACGGCCUUCAUCCUAUAGGUUCAGCGCAAGAUGUUUAUAAGUCUCAUAAACCAGAUGAAGCCACCAGCUGGGGAACUCCAGUGCAGAACCAGGGGAUGGAAGCACCAAAGCCCAAGAAAUGGAGGACUAGGCUAGUGAUUGCAGGAGUGCUGGCCCUUGGGGUCAUUCUUGGUGGUGCUAUUAUUGGCGGUGCUGUUGGCGGCACCGCAGCGGUCAGAAAGAAGACUGACGCCGUGACUACUGCCAUUGCUAGCUAUUCUUCUACAUCAUCCUCGUCAACAGGCUCGCCAACAUCCUCAUCAACGAUCUCUGUAGCUACUGGCACUCUAGGCGUUACGACUGACUGUCCCUCCUCAAAUGGCACAACUCAUGCACCAUUAGCUACUAUUGGUAGCCCUGGUAGUUACACCUUUGUUAAGCAUUGUGGCUUCGACACAAGUGGUGGUUCAAUACUUGCCGAUGCAUUCGUACCUUCCUUCAAUGAUUGCAUAGAUAUGUGUUCAGACUUUAACUAUGAUGGGCAAUCUGGCGCGGCUUGCUUUACUGUUACAUUUAGAGUCGACCACACCCGCCCGGUAAAUUGCUGGGCCAAAGGUUCAGGUACUUCACUCGUGCCUUCAACUGGUGCUGCUUCAGCGUUUAGGCAAUAGCCAUGUUGAGGUAUGGCUUAGUUCUCGCGUACUCAACUUUUCGGAGAAGGAAAGCUUUAAUUAGAAGCCAAAAUUGUCAACUUUGCACUAGUGGAAGGCUUCGGAGAAGGACCGCGGCAUUGCGGAGUUUCUGAUAGAAUGCGAAUUUCGUUGCACUUCUUCAUUUUAUGACCAAUUUGAGAUACUAGCACUAUGCUACCUCUCAGAGUUAAACUAAAGUCUUGUCCCAUCGUAUCUCACAGAUGUUUAGGAGAAACCACGGGCCGAAAAUGAGAAACGUAAGUUUGUAUAAUAAUACCUGUCUUGCACUUCACGAUAGCCUUAUUAGUUCAUUAUUCUCUUG